CCCCGCACCGCGUCUCCACCUUGAGAUCACCGAGACCUCCGCCCACUACGUCUCAGCAAACGCAGGAACCGGGUCAUCAGACCCACGAGUCGAAUCCGACCGACCAGAAUCCGGGUCAUCAGGCCCAGAACCCUAGCCGUCAGUCGCAGAACCCGCAACACGAACAGAAUCCAGGUCAUCCGACCCAGAAUCCGGGCCAUCAUCAAAAUCCCGGCCACCAGCCGUCCAAAACAGGACAGCAGACGCAGAACCCGGGUCAUCAGACCCAAAAUCCUGGCCACCCGACUCAGAAUCCGGGUCGACAGAAUCCCAGCCAUCAGUCCACCCAGACCCAACAGCCGUCGUUGCAGCAGCAACAAUCUGAACAACAACAACAACAGGAGACUCCUCCCAGCAACAUGGGCACCGUGUUGUCGUUCAGCCCCCGUGAUAGACGGGGCUCCGGGUACCCGCCAACGGGCCAUCAGCAUCCGGCUGACUUCACCCUGAACAAUUUCAAUUACGAACAGCUGAACAAUGCGAAAAACCGCGAGAACAAGAGCGGUGUCGCCACGGUGGCGCCGGCGCCGCCGACGAAUCACCCGCCUACGAACAAUAACGCGUUGCAAAAUAACAAUAUCAAUUUGAACAACAACGAUAACGCGAGGAUCAUCUCGGAGAAGAACGCGCUCGAGAAGAACCUGAAGAAACACUCGUUGUUCAUAAACGCGCUGUCGUGGAAACGAUUCAGCACGUCGAACAACAACAAGAAGAAGCUCGACAAUAAGAACAAGAAUAUCGGUUUCCGACAACCGCUCGAUAACAUACCCAUCGUCGAUAAAAACAAGAAUAUACAGACGCCACAGACGAAGCCUCCGGCGUCGAACAAUAACCACACCACGCACAACCCGACGUGCGAGAAGCUAGUGCAGAAACCUUUACCCCCUAAGCCAAGGAAAACUGUGAUCCAAGCCUCGACCUCGGAAUUGCUCAAGUGCCUCGGCGUCUUCCUUCACAGGAAAUGCACCCGUUUAAGAGACUUCCAGGCUGGCGACGCUGUCAUGUGGCUGAAGACCGUCGAUAGGUGUCUGCUACUUCAAGGCUGGCAGGACGUCGCGUUCAUCAAUCCUGCCAAUGUUGUGUUCGUUUAUAUGCUGGUGAGAGAGUUGGUGGACGGCGACGAGGCGUCCGAGAGAGAGCUUCAAGCAACGGUGUUGACGUGCCUGUACCUGAGCUACAGCUACAUGGGCAACGAAAUCAGCUACCCGUUGAAACCGUUCCUGGUCGAGGAUAGCAAAGACAAGUUCUGGGACAGAUGCCUGUUGAUCGUCAAUCGAUUGAGCUCCAAGAUGCUGCGAAUCAACAGCGAGCCAGGAUUCUUCACGGAAAUCUUCACUGAACUGAAGGCGUGCGGAGCUGGCGAUCGAGGUAGUCUGCCUGGUAGCGGCCUCGAGCGGAGCCUCGUCGUCUCCGGAGUCGCGGUACCCACCAAGGCGGCUUGACGGAGCUACACACACCUGCUGGUACGCAUCGCCAGGCACGGCUGCGACGUCACGACGCUCUGACGACGGCCAUCGCGACGACGAGG